AUGGCUCUGCGAAGAUCUGGAGGCCAGCUCUGCAAGAGCAUUUCACAGGCCAGUUCGCAUCGACUUGCGCUACCCCAAAUCGCUACUCAGAAGCGAUUUCUGGCCACUCCCGUCCAUCCUGUCACUCAAGAUGCUACUGGAUCAAAGGGCCCUACGGCCAUGGUCUUCCUCAACAUGGGAGGGCCUUCGACGACCGAUGAGGUUGGCGCCUUUUUGAGCCGCCUUUUUGCCGACGGCGAUCUAAUUCCUCUCGGCCCUCUACAAAACUAUCUCGGUCCAUUGAUUUCGAAUCGGCGAACACCAAAAAUCAUCAAGCAAUACUCUGCCAUCGGUGGAGGAUCACCAAUCAGAAAGUGGUCUGAAUACCAAAACGCCGAGAUGUGUAAGAUCCUGGACAAGAUCUCUCCCGAGACUGCGCCUCACAAGCCCUAUGUUGCUUUCCGAUACGCGGACCCGUUAACCGAAGAAAUGUACAAGCAGCUGUUGAAGGACGGCUUUGGAAAUGGAAAAGGUGGUCGCGCCGUCGCAUUCACACAAUAUCCUCAGUACUCUUGCUCAACAACAGGUAGUAGCUUGAAUGAGCUGUGGAAGUGGAGGCACCGGCUUGAAGGCAAGACCAACAAGGAGUCCGGUGACGGUACCAUUACCUGGAGUGUAAUCGACCGUUGGCCUAACCACAGUGGAUUGGUCGAGGCUUUUGCCCAAAACAUCGAGGCCAAGCUUGCGGAAUACCCUGAGGAGCGAAGAAAGGAUGUUGUGCUGCUCUUCUCUGCGCAUAGUCUACCCAUGUCUGUCGUUAACCGAGGUGAUCCUUACCCUGCUGAAGUUGCGGCCACUGUCUACGCCGUCAUGCAGCGCCUCGGUUUCUCCAACCCUUACCGACUGUGCUGGCAGUCUCAGGUCGGCCCGUCGGCCUGGUUGGGACCUCAAACCUCGGACAGUGUAGAGCACUACAUAUCCAAGGGUCAGAAGGAUCUGGUGCUCAUCCCCAUCGCUUUCACAUCCGACCAUAUUGAAACUCUAUAUGAGUUGGAUCAGGAAGUCAUCGGCGACAGUGGUCACCCCGAAACUGUCAAGCGGGUUGAGUCUCUCAACGGUAGUCCUGUCUUUAUCCAAGCUCUCGCCGACAUUGCCAAGGCGCACUUGGCAGCAGGUCAGGCUUGCUCGAAGCAGAUGGGUCUUCGAUGCCCUGGGUGUAAGAGCGAGAGAUGUGCUGAGUCGAAACGCUUCUUUGCGAGCCAGCAGGCUGGCCUCGCUUAA